AUUUAUUUUCUGGUUUUUCUGAGUGUGUUGGAGCCUUCCAGUCACAGCCGAGAGCGCGAGAGCGAGAGCGAGAGAGAGAUCAGAUGGAUCAAAACUCCUAAACACUCUAAAGAUUAAGAGAGAGAGACAGAGAGAGGGAUUGUGGGCUUUGAAUUAGGGUUUGAGAAUUUGGGAUUUCAAAGCACAAAAGGAAACGAAGGAACCGUCCAUUUUGUUGGUUUUUUUCUAUCUGGGGCUUUCAACUAGGGUUUCUCUCUCUUCUAUUUUUCUAGGGGUUGAUGGUGUGCCUAGUUGUGGUUUAAAAGGAAUUAAUUUGUUUGGGGCUGUUCUUGUUUAGGGGGGUCUGGUGUAAUGUAAGUGGAACUGUUUGGGGGGGUUUCUAGGGUUUCCAAUGGGGAGCACAGGUGAGCAUGAUCGAAAACGCCGUCACUUUAGCUCCCUAUCACCCACGGCUGCUACUGCUAAGAAGCAGCCCUUUUUGCCCAUUUCUGAGGACAAAAAGCUUGACAUUGCUGUCCUUCAAUAUCAAAAUCAAAAGCUAUUACAGAAGUUAGAGACUCAGAAGGUUGAGUACUCUGGUCUUGAGAAUAAAUUUUCUCAAAUGAAGGACAAACAAAAGCCAUAUGAUACCACAUUAUCAGUGGUCAAUAAGUCUUGGGAAGAGGUGGUUAAUGACUUGGAAUCAUGUUCCAUCCAUUCAAGAGAGUCGAGCUGUCAGCACGAUGUUAAAGACAAGUCAAUCAUGGAUGAUGGGGCUCCAUCUGCAUUGCAGGAUGCUUUUCUUAACCGCCUUGCACAAGCAGGUGCAACUGAAAGUUCAUGUACAUAUAACAUUUCUAAUCAGAUGGAAGAAGGUAGAGGAACUACCUUUGAAAAGACCAAGAAUAUUAUAGGUAAUGUCAUAGCUGCAAUUGACAACCAGUGGCAUGUAAAGGAUGCAUUGCAUGAUGCACUGUUGAAAGAGCUUCCAGACGAAGGCACAAGUAGGCAGAAGACAUCAAGUGACUUUAAAAAUGAAGUUAAGAACUUGAGAUUGGCAUUUAGCGAUAUGUUUGUGAAGCACAAAUUGCUGGCAAGGGAACUGCAGAGCCACCGUGACAUGGAUGCAAAGAAUAAAGCUGAACUUAGACGUUUAAAAGGGGAGUUGGAAGCUGCAGUUAGUGAAUUAGCAGAUAGUAAUUGUCAACUAGCAACUCUUAAGGCAGAGAGUGAUGCUGCAAAAGGGGCAGUUUUCCCAGUCCUAAAUUUUGCGAACAAGCAUGUUGAUAGGGUUAGAGAUAAGCAAAAAGAUCUGCAAGAUAUGGAGUCUACCCUCAAGGAGCUAAUGGACCAAGCUUCGAGUCGUCUAAUGGACAUAAAAGGCCUUCAUGAAGAAAGGAUAAAAAUAUUACAGCAGUUAUCUAGUUUGCAGAACAUGCUUAAGAAUGUGAAGUGUAUUUCCUCUUCCCAAGCCUAUCAGUUGGUGAGAGAUCAAAUAGAAAAGUCAAAGUCAGAAGUUUUUGAGUGCCAGGCCUUAUUUGAGAAACUACAGGUUGAGAAGGAUAAUCUUUUGUGGAGGGAGAGGGAACUGAAUGUGAAGAAUGACAUUGCUGAUGUUUUUCGAAGAUCUUCUGCAGUUGUUGAUUCUAGAAUUUCUGAUCUGGGUAUAGAAAUACAGAAACAGAUUGAGGAAAGAAAAAUGAUUGAAGCGAAGCUGGAAGAGGCGUCAAGAGAACCAGGAAGAAAAGAAAUCAUUGAAGAAUUUAAAGCCUUGGUUUCUUCAUUUCCUGAGGAAAUGGGUACCAUGCAAGGUCAAUUACGUAAAUACAAAGAGGCUGCUUCUGAUUUUCAUUCUUUACAGGCUGACGUGCAGUCUCUUUCCAGCAUUCUUGAUAGGAAGGUGAAAGAGUGCGAGACUUUAUCUGCCAGAUCCGCAGAUCAAGUUGCUGAGAUACAAAAUUUGAAUGCUGUGGUUCAAGAUUUAAAGGAGAGUGAAUCAGAGUUAAAGCUGAUUUUGGAAAUGUAUAGACAUGAGUUGACUGAUCCAAGUUUAUCUAUUUGCAGGGAUGUCUUGGAAGCUAGAGAUUUGGAAUGCAAGGCAUGGGCUCAUGUUGAAAGUUUGAAGUCCUCUCUUGAUGAACACACCUUGGAAUUACGAGUUAAGACAGCAAAUGAAGCUGAGGCCAUUUCUCAACAAAGGCUCGCUGCUGCAGAAGCUGAGAUUGCUGACUUGAGACAGAAAUUCGAAGAUUCCAAAAGGGAUAUUUUGAGACUUUCUGAUGCUCUGAAGUCCAAAAAUGAAGAAAACGAGGCAUACUUAUCCGAAAUUGAGACAAUUGGACAAGCAUAUGAUGAUAUGCAAACUCAAAACCAACAUCUACUGCAGCAAAUUACUGAGAGAGAUGACUAUAACAUUAAGCUUGUUUUAGAGGGUGUGAGGGCUAAACAGCUGCAGAAGGCUGUACUCAUGGAUAAACGGAAAAUGGAGAGGGAGAUUCAACAAGGCAAUGCAUCUCUUAAUUUCUAUAACAUGAAAGCUGUUCGAAUUGAAGAUCAGUUGAAAAUAUGUAGAGAUCAGAUUCAGAAACUAGCAGAAGAUAAGUUUCAAAGAGCAAUUACAUUGGAAAAUACUCAAAAGAGAUUGUCGGAUGUCAGGAAGUCAUCUCAGCAGGCACGGGAGGCUCUAGAGGAAUCACAAUCUAAAGUUGACAGAAGUCGAAUGGGUCUGUCAGAGCUGCAGAUAGAACUAGAGAGGGAAAGGUUUGAAAAGAAAAGAAUAGAGGAGGAAUUGGAAAUUUUAAAAAGAAAGGCUUCACGGCUUCGAGCGCAGACAGAGGGUUCAUCAAUUGUUGAAAAACUUCAACAGGAACUUGGAGAAUACCGGGAGAUACUGAAGUGUGAUGUCUGCCUCGACAGGACAAAACAGGUUGUCAUUACAAAAUGCUAUCACUUGUUCUGCAACCCUUGUGUGCAAAAAGUAAUUGAAAGUCGACAGAGGAAGUGUCCACGGUGUUCCAUGAGUUUUGGCCCUAAUGAUGUAAAAUCUGUAUACAUCUAAGAGGAGAUGGAUGAAACGUUAAUGAGACCUGCAUCAUGCAUGUGCUCCAGUGCAUGUGAUCCCAGACUUGAAUUAUGAAUACCUGCAGAUUCCCAUGUAAUUGUUAAAUUAGUGAAAUUGUAGAGAAGCCUUUGUUUAGGAGCAGCUCCCGUUCCCUCAUCAAACAGUGCAAAUUACCUUAGUUUUGCUGGUUCUGCUUCUAGGUUGUCAAUUUAACUCAAUUUUCUAGUGCAGAAUAAUCGUUUGCCCCUUUUAAAUGCUUGGAGCCCUGGAAUCUUUCAAUUUAUCGUUUUCAGAUUUAUCCGAAUGACCCAUUGAGAUUGUAUUCCCGGUGGUGAUGCAGCCUGCAUGAUCGUAAAAAGAAUAAGUUUUUAUGUUCGUAAGUCAAAAAAUGGGGUUCUCUGAUUUGCACUUAGUCAGUGUCUUUCUAUCCGAGGGUUUUGUUUCUGCCGAAAUUAGAUGAACCUGUAACUGAAUUUUCAGCUGUACAGAUUUUACUAGAUGUUUAGGUAGAUCUUUUCAAGAUAUUUGGUGCACAACAUUUCUUUAGAGAUGUAAAUGUUCUUCAGAUGGAUUAUUCAUUUAUUUAUAAAUGCAAAGAUCUCAGUUUUGAUCAUUUCUUCUUA